AUGUUACUGGGACGUACACUGAAUGUUACCCCAGACUAUGAUGGUAAAGCAUAUGAAUACCUAUCAAAGGCUGUUAAGCUGGAUCCUAAACUUGUCGAAGCAUGGAACCAUCUUGGCGAACUUUACUUGAAAAAAGGAGAUGUCAAUAAUGCCAAAAAAUGUUUUUUGGGAGCACUUACACAUUCAAAAAACAAGAUAUCGCUGAGAAAAUUGUCUAUGGUAUUACGACAGCUGAAUGUUAGUGCAGAGGAAAGGAUGGCCAAUUUUGAAGACAGUGUUGAGAAGGCUAAACAGGCUGUACAAAUGGACAUUAAAGAUGGUCAAUCAUGGU